CUUAUAUCUUUCAUUGUCGUCAUCAUCAUCUGCAUCUACAUAUAUAUACACACACGCACUCCCUCACACUUCCUCAUAUAUAUCAUGUGUACUUUUCGUCUUAAACAUCUCUCUAUUUUCAUUUCUUUUCUUUGAUUACUUAAGAACAUGACUAAGUCUCUAUCAUUAAACCUCUCUUGUUUAAGAAGCAGACAAAGAUCGUUCAGUUUGCAGCACCUUCAUGUUUCUCUUGGACAUUCAGGUUUUACUUAUGUGGGUAUAUGUAAUAGAAGAUUCAUCUUUUGUUUUAAAAUUAAAGGUUAAUAAGUUGGAGCCUUUGUUCUUCGUGACUAUAUGCAUGCAUUUGGUAAACCUAGGGUUUUGAUUUUUAGAUCUAAUAUAACCCAAACCCCAAUUAACACCUUGAGAUUAUUGGAUACAUACUUGCAUGGUCAAACCCAUUCAUUUCUCAAUUUGUUAAAACUUAAAACCUUCAAUAUAAUGUGUGUUUCUUUCUUUGGGGUUAAUUAAUAUUUCAUUAGGGCAAAGGUCGAAAAGAAAGCGUCAAAGUUUGCUUAAAGAAGAGUAAGGAUAAUGGAGAUAGGGUCGUCAUCCACGGUGGCUGGCGGAGGACAGCUUUCGGUGCCUCCGGGAUUCCGGUUUCAUCCAACGGAGGAGGAGCUUCUUUACUAUUACCUCAAGAAGAAGGUUUCUUAUGAACCAAUUGAUUUAGAUGUAAUUAGAGAAGUUGAUCUCAACAAGCUGGAACCUUGGGAACUUAAAGAGAAAUGCAGAAUCGGGUCGGGUCCUCAAAACGAGUGGUAUUUCUUUAGCCACAAGGACAAGAAAUAUCCGACUGGGACCCGAACGAACCGGGCGACAGCAGCCGGGUUCUGGAAAGCUACUGGUAGAGACAAAUCCAUACAUCUCAACAGCUCCAAGAAGAUUGGACUUCGUAAGACUCUUGUCUUCUACACUGGUCGUGCUCCUCAUGGCCAAAAAACCGAAUGGAUCAUGCACGAAUAUCGCUUGGACGAUAGCGAAAACGAAAUUCAGGAAGAUGGGUGGGUUGUAUGCAGAGUGUUCAAGAAGAAGAAUCAUUUCAGAGGAUUUCACCAAGAACAAGAGCAAGAUCAUCAUCAUCAUCACCAAUACAUAAGCACCAACAAUGAUCAUGAUCACCAUCAUCACAUUGACUCCAAUUCAAACAAUCAUUCUCCUUUGAUCCUACAUCCUCUGGAUCAUCAUCACCACCAUCAUCACAUUGGACGACAAAUCCACAUGCCAUUACAUGAGUUUGCAAACACUCUGAGCCAUGGCUCAAUGCAUCUACCUCAGCUCUUUAGCCCUGACUCAGCUGCAGCGGCGGCUGCCGCAGCAGCAUCAGCCCAACCAUUUGUGUCGCCAAUCAACACUACGGACAUUGAAUGUUCACAGAAUCUACUGAGGUUGACUUCUAACAACAACUAUGGUGGAGACUGGUCGUUUCUGGACAAGCUUCUCACUACAGGCAACAUGAAUCAGCAACAGCAGCAGCAAGUGCAGAACCAUCAAGCAAAAUGUUUUGGUGACUUGAGUAACAACGAUAAUAACGAUCAGGCUGAUCAUUUGGGUAACAACAAUGGUGGUUCUUCUUCAUCUCCAGUUAAUCAAAGGUUUCCGUUUCACUACUUGGGAAACGACGCUAAUCUUCUCAAGUUCCCAAAGUAGAUCAAUCGGAUUUGUUGAAUCUCAUGUUUUUCGAUUUUAUUCUCUCUCUUUUUUAGCUGUGCGAACUUGACACAGCAACCAACUCACAGUUCGAGGAAUCUGUUUGUUUUUUUGUUUUUUAUAAUUCUGUCUUACAUUUACGAUAUUCUGUUCUGUUUCUCCGAAGACUAAUACCUCAUCAUCACAAAGGUGCUUGAAGGUUCAAUUUCGUUUCCAC